UGUUGAGUGCCUGUGAAUACUGCACGAGGCUACUGGAGAGGCAACUGUAAUGUUGGGCUCUUCCCGCACCGCGGCUUCGCGAUUGAGAAGUUAAUUCAUUCCUUGGAGUUGGGCACUCCACCUGCGUAUGACCCUGCUUUGCGCUGGUUAUUCAAGGACAGCUGCUACACUGGACAGCAUCUAUCUAUGGUGAAUGUGCCGUGGGAAUGUGCUUGUGAUUUCUCAACAGAAGAUAGCGUUUCCUGUGUGUGUGUGUGCAACUAUUGACCCAAGAAGCGCAGCCUUGUGAGCACACUGUAAAAAACUAAAACUGUUCCGUGGCAGACACACGCCAAAUUGAAUGCGAUGGGAAACCAGGUGGAGCGGCUGACUCACCUCACGUACAACGAAGUGCCCACCGCCGACCCCACCGGACUAGAUGCUGACCUGGGCUCCCAGAUCGGAGUCUCCUACAUUUUUUCUGACGAGGAAGAUCACGUGGAGGAGGGCAGGAUUUCAACAGACGACACGAACACGGCUGCCCACGAUGACAGCGGCAACGAUGACAUCGAGUAUACGGUGAACCACAAUGACAAGUGCAUCUUCUCCAAGCGCAGGAAUUGCACGAACCUGCGCACGUACCUGCCGGAUGUUCUCGCUACCCGCUGCAAAGCAGGUGACCUCGUCGAGUUCGUGAGAGCCCUCAAGCAGCCUCACUGGGCCGUGUGGGUGGGCAACGGGCAGGUAGUCCACCUUUGCAACCAGGAGAUCAAGAGGGAGACACUCGCCCUGGCCUCGCGCGGAUGGCGUGGCCGAGUGGUCAGCGACUGGUACCGCUUCAAGCCGCUGGAGGUCGAGCUGGUGGUGCAGAACGCGUGCAAGCACGUGGGCCCUUCGCGCGGUGUGGCCGACGCGCGUUGGCACAAUUCGGAGGGCUUCGCCGCCUGGUGCCGCUACGAGCGGCGAGAGUUCAAGAGCGGUGGCGAGAUCCGCAUCGGCAAGCAGCCGUACACGCUCAAGGUCUACCUGGAGGAGGAGCCCAUCGUCAUGAGCUUCCAGAGCCUGGAGGAUGUCAUCGGCGAGAGGAGGAAGCGGGACAUGCAGGGGAAGGGUGCGCUGCUUCAGGAGCUGAGACAGGAGCUGUGACGGUGGUGGGAGAGCGAUGCGGUGGUUGAGCAUCAGGCGGGCGCGGGGGGAGUGGAGAGUCACCACUUUGGCGUGUUCGGACAAGUUCGACGUAACCCCCUCUGGGAUCAGGAUUUCAAGUGAAAAAGACGUGUUGCUUUCGUCAACGAACAGGCCGUGUAAUGCAUUCGUGCGUUGAACAUGUUUGUGGAUUUGUAGGGAGGUCAGGUUAUCGAAUUGGAUUUUUUUUUAUUUGGCGCGCCGUAAAAUCUAUAAGAGAAGUCCAGUGAUCUACGGUUACAUAUUAAAAACGUUUAUUGGCAAAUGAACUGAAAUUACAGUGUGGACAUCGGGUUUAUUUAUUGUUUAAUGGUACUCAUCCUGGCGUGUGUCAUGACCAGGUUUGCAUUUCAAUGUGCGGCUGCCACAGCGUAUUUUUCCUCUUCUUGUGGAGACGCACAAAGCAAUACUCCACACAAAGAGGAGAAAGUGGCAGAAAUAGAGGUUGUAUCUCAUAAAAGAUUUAUGAUCAAAGGAGGAGCCCAGCGUGCAUUUCAAUUUCAAUAUAUUGAGAUAGAAAAAACUCAGAGAUGUGAUUUUGUGGACAAGAUGUGACAGCAUAAUGGCAUAAAGGAUAACGGUACGUGGUUGCUCAAGAUUAAUAUUUCAAUAAUUAUAGACGAGACAGUACAGAGAACAUUUUAAAUAAAAACAAUUAUUCCAUUAUAUAUUUCAUACAUCCAAAAAGCCUGUUUUGUAAUGUCGCCCACGCUGACUGCAGUGUUUCAAAUGUAGCUCCUUUAACAGUGAUCGGUUAAGUAGUUUAAAUAAUUGCUGUAGUAUCAUUAUUAUUAUGAUGCAUAAUCAUUUUCUGCCCGGUCAAUGCGCAAGCAUUAAGACUGGUUGUUCAAGAAGAAAAAGCUAAAUAACUUUAGGAUUUAAUUUCCCUCCAACGUUCGCAUAGUUGCUGGGGUAUUUUAUGCAAAUUACUUCAUACUUCCCUGCUCACAAAUCUCUGUUUAAAUGUUAUAAAAGCAAUCGAAGAAUGUGGUAGGUGGAUAGGGGUGUGAAAUCUCACGUGCCAGAAAAAUAAUGUUUUUUAUAGAAUAUUUUGCAACUGUACAUGCUAUUUCUAAGAGUAUAACUACAAAAAAUUACAGUCUAUCAUACCACACGAAGCGCAUUGUAUUUUGUGUCCAUGGUUUUCUAUAAAACGAAUGAUCAUUCACUGUAAUUUGUUGAAAUAAAAUUAUCUGCUUGAUUA